AUGGGCUCAUCUGUGAGCACCACCAUCUGCUCAUUAUUCUGCCACCUAAAACAUCUCGAGCUUCGAAAGAGAACCUUGACCUCAGGCUGGACGAAAGCCAAGUCCUGGAUUCGUGUCAAUGAGACAGGCCCAGCACACCUUCGGACCACAAUGUCCAACUGCCUACCAUCAACUGAUCGUAUCACUCGUUUUCGCACUCAGGGCCCACGACAGUGGUCGCUUUCCUCAGAGCUUUCCGGUCCAUGGUUGGCGAGUCGGCUCAUGAAAUUCGUCCAUUCUCCCUGUGACAAAGCUAGCAUUUCGACUCUCUCAACCACCGCCAGCAUCACCUUUGUACCCUUCUCGCCCCCAUCGGCCACGCAUCGUGCGCUGUACUUCUGCUAUUGGCUACCAAGGCCAUCGUCGUCCAAGCUUGACAUGUCGGAGCGCAUCCCACUUUGGCGACGACGACUUGGCAUGCAGACGGGCCCCAAGCAGGUGCUGCCCCGGAAAGAUAUACCACCCGUCUGCAAGCGUGAUGCACACCGCACCAAUGACCUUUUGCCGCUUGGACCAGGAUGGACUUCAGGCGGUACGCCGGAUCUCAGUAGCCAGAGAUUGGCGAAGUGGCCUGGCACGCCUGGUCACUCGGCUGGAGGCAAAGACGUGGCCAGGAAAAGGUCUCUUUGA